AUGGAGCUGCCCAGAAAUCAUCCAACUUCUGGUGAUGGACAUGAAGCAUCGAGUUCCCGCAGGGAGAACAAGAAGUUUCAACGCCAUACUUUUGAGCAGAUACAACGACUCGAAGAAUUUUUCAGGAAUUGCACCCACCCCGAUGACGACCAACGUGAACAACUGUGUAGGGAGUUGGGGAUUGACGCAAAUCAAAUCACGUUUUGGUUUCAAAACAAAAGAACACAGAACAAGAUACAAAAUGAAAGAGCAGAAAACAUUGCUCUUCAUCAACUGAAUGAAAGUAUUCGUGGUGAAAACUGUUUAAUGAGAGAAACCUUAAAGAAUGUCGUUUGCCCAACUUGUGGUGGUGCAUCGAUUCCAGAAGCAGAGCGACAACUCAAUCUACAAAGACUUCGACAGGAGAAUGCCUAUUUGAAACAAGAGCAUGAUAAAGUAGCCAGCCUUCUUUCCAAGUAUAAAGGGAAACCACUAUCACUUAUUAAAUCGUUGGCGCCAGUAGUUGGAUCGUCGCAAAAUUUAUCACCAGGAUCUUCCUUGAACCAUGUGAUCGCCAGAAGUCCACCUCUUAGUCUCAAUCUCACCAAUACCGCAAUAGCUUACCAAUUAAACGAAAAUGUUAAAAUGGAGAAGGCACUCAUGAAAGACAUUGCAGCCAGUGCCAUGGAAGAACUGAUCAAGCUUUUCCAGAUCAACAAGCCUGUGUGGAUGAAAUCCCCAACUGAUGGCAGAUAUCUCCUCAACCGGGACAACUAUGAUAAGAUGUUCCCAAAAGCCAAUCACUUCAGAAACUCUUGUGCUCGUGUCGAGUCUUCGAAAGAUUCAGGAGUAGUGCACAUUAGUGCAGCAUACUUGGUUGACAUGUUUCUAGAUUUCAAUAAAUGGGAAGACCUCUUUCCUACAAUCAUAACAAAAGCAAGGACAAUUGAAGUUCUCGAGAGUGGAAUGAUAGGAAAUCGGAGUGGUUGCCUGCAGUUGAUGUAUGAAGAAAUGCACGUUCUCUCACCUUUGGUACUGCCGCGGGAUUUCUACUUUCUUCGCCAUUGUCAGCAAAUUGAGCUAGGAACUUGGGUCAUCGCUGAUGUCUCCUAUAACUUCACAAAAGGAAGUUUUGUGAGACAGCCUCAAUCUUGGAGGCUACCUUCUGGAUGCAUGAUAGAAGACAUGCAUAACGGAUACUCCAAGAUUACUUGGAUUGAGCAUAUGGCGGUUGAUGACAAGACACAAACUCAUCGGCUCUAUAGAGAUCUAAUUUGUAGUAGUGUUGCAUAUGGAGCUGAGAGAUGGAUUGUUACUCUUCAAAAGAUGUGUGAGAGAUUCCAUUGUUUAAUGAACGGUUGUGUGUUUGGAGGAGUGGUUACUUUGCCUGAAGGCAAGAGAAGCUUAAUGAAGCUUUCCCAGAGGAUGGUGAAGAACUUUUGUGGAAUGUUGAGCAUGGCGGGAAAUCUUGACUUCCCCCAAUUGUCAGAAGUUGACGAUACUGGGAUUCAAGUCUCUAUUUAUACAAGCACAGAAAUAGGACAACCGCAUGGCACGAUCGUCAGUGUUGCUACUUCUCUCUGGCUUCCUUUGUCGACGCAAACGAUCCUUAACUUCUUCAAAGAUGAGAAAACAAGAGUUCAGUGGGAUGUUCUCUCUAAUGGAAAUCCAGUGCAUGAGAUUGCCUACAUUUCAACAGGAACUCAUCCCGAAAAUCGUAUAUCCAUCGUUCGGCCUUUCACCCCGACGGAGGACAACAUGUUGAUUCUUCAAGAGUGCUACAUAGACCCUCUUGGAUCCUUUAUCAUAUAUGCUCCGGUUGACAUGCAAAUUCUCAAUGUAGCAGUAAGUGGUGAAGACUCUUCUAACAUGUCCAUACUCCCAUCGGGGUUUAUGAUAUCCCGCGAUGGUCGUCCUGAAAUGGGGGGUGCAUGUGGUUCACUUCUUACAGUGGCUUUCCACAUAUUGGUUUCCAGCCCCACAACUUCAAAGCAGAUGAACACGGAGUUAGUGGCAACUGUCAAUACUCUUAUAAGUUCCAACGUUGAAAAAAUAAAAGUUGCCCUCAACUGUUCUGGCUUGGAUUAACAUAUGCCAAGAACAAAACUAGUGUCAUAAGACUAAGAAAUUAAUUUCUGUGACUGUUUUAAGACUCGUUUUGAAAGUUCGUUUGGA